AUGGUAGGCCAGGGCGCUGCACUUCGACUUCCCCUCACUCAAAACGGUCCCAGUGAUCAGCCGCACGUGCGGCUGGAAGUUCUCGCCAAGACGGCAAUAGAAAUACCAGCUCUUUUCCAACAACCUUCUUGGCAGAAACUGAGGUUUCAGAUUUCAACAAGAAGAAGAGGAAGAAGUAGCAGCAGAGAUAGAAGGAAGAACAGAAAGGGUGUUGCUUGCAGGCUACUUGAGUGA